CAAACCAUAAUAUUGUUUUAAAUCAUUCUUCCAUUUUUGAUAUAAGGUUCAAAAAUACAAUUGAAUCUCAUAGUAAUGAUCAGAAUUCACGAAUCAUAGAUAAUAUUUGCAGCUGAUAAAAAUGAAUGAAGUAACUUUACCACCCUCACCAAAUUGGUAUUUAAGUAAUAUUCUUGCUUGUUCUUUUAAUGGUACUAUAGCAUGGGGUGCUAGAAAUAUAAUUGUUAUUGGUAAACUUAAUGAAAAUGAUAAAAUAUUACAAUACUCUAUUAUUAAGCAUUGUCACAAAUCCAAGGUGACAUGUCUUGCAUUUACUCCUCAGUUUGAAGAAGUAAAUGCUAAUUUAAUAGCUUCCACAGGAGAUGAUAACGCAAUUAAAAUAUGGAAUUCAGAAACAUUAUCUGUAACUUAUACUUAUCUUUUAGAAAAUGAUAAACAAGCAAUAGGCGUAGAAUGGUCCUAUAAAAAUCCUUAUGUUAUAUAUGCAGCAACUUCUGAUGGUUAUGUAUUAUCAUGGAAUGCCUAUUUUAAUACUGUUUCUUCAAUUUCAUUAGGAAAAGUGAUACCUACUUAUAUUUCUUCUUGUCCUCAUGAUCCACAUCUUGUAGCCGUAGGCUCAAAGAGUGGCUUAGUUUAUAUUGUUAAUUUUCAAGAUAAAGGGAAAGUAGUUUACAAACUUAGAGGACAUGAUACUGAAAUAGUUAGCUUAUCAUGGUGUCCUUCAGAAAAUAAUGUCCUAAGAGGAAAUUUAAAUAAAGAUUUACUGUUAGCUUCAGGAGGGAAAGAUAGAUCAAUUUUUAUUUGGAAAGCUGGUGGAGAUGGACGUUAUGAAAUUGUCAUUUCAUUGCCUUCAGCACCUCUUGAUUCUCAGCAGCAUAGAAGUAAAUUAAAUGCUUCUGUAGGUAAUUGGGUAGUAGUUCACUGGGUAGAACCUGGACUAUUGCUUGCAAGUUCAUGUUGGGGUGAAUUAAUCUCUUGGGAUUUAUCAACAAUGGUAAAAGGGAAACAUAGCGUCAAAGUAAUACAUGCACAUCACGGCAGAGGUUUAUUUUGUAUUGCGCAUGUACCAAAUACCCAAGACAUUUCAGAAGAAAAUUGGAGAACAAAACAAAGACAUACAAUUUGGACUAUGGCACAAGAUCGAAGAAUUAUUUGUUGUAGAAUAAAAGAAAAUAAUGUUGAAAUAGAUUAUGAUAUAUUUACACAAAGUGGAUUUGUUUAUUGCAUGGCUGCUUGCCCAUUAGACACUUCACAUAUUGCAUUUGGUGUUGGAGAUGCAAUGUUACGAUUAUGGAAUUUAUCAGCAGCACAUGAUACUACUUUUGAUAUAACUGUUUUAUGGCAAAAAAUUAAGGGAAAAAUUCGUGCGAUAGCAUGGCAUCCUGAAAAAGAAAAUUUAUUGGCUUAUGCAACUGAUGAAGGUCGAAUUGGUGUAUUUAAUACAAAUGGAAAUAAAUCACCUACAUUGUACAGACAAUAUCAUAGAAGUGUAAUAUAUACUAUUGGCUGGGGUCCAAGUCCAAAAAAUAAAUAUGUUUUAUACUCUUGUGGAGAGGGAGAGCUUGUGUAUUAUGACUCAGAAAAAGUUGCAAAUGAAGAACCAACAUCUGUAUUGAAAAAAGAAUGUACAGAAUUUUCUUGGAAGCCAGAUUUUUCUUGUUUGGCAGUAGGAUUUGAAAAUGGAACAAUUUCAUUUCUUAAUCAAAAAUUUGAAACACGUGGAUGUGCUAAGUUUGCUACAGAAAUGGUGCAUUGCUUAGUCUGGCAUCCUGAGAGUACAGCAACAGACUUGACAUUUUCUCAGCUAAAAAAUUAUUUAGCUGUUGCUUUUGAGUCAUGUACUAUACUUAUUUUCGAUUUAUCUAAUUUUAUAGAUCAUUUUGAAAAAAUGGAAGAUUCAACUAAUAAUGAAAAUUUAAAGGAAAAAUGUAAUAUUUAUAAAGUGCAUGAAAUUGUAGCUUCUUUAACUGGACAUGUACAAAAUGUUGUCUGUUUAGCAUGGAGUCCACAUGUAAGUGGACAUCUAAUAUCUGGUAGUUACGAUGGAACAGCACAGAUAUGGAAUGUUAGAACACAAGAAUUAAUAGCUACAUAUACAGGACACAAUGGUCCAGUAUUGUGUUGCAUGUGGAGUCCAUUAGAUCCUGAUUUUAUUAUAACAGGCUCUGCAGAUUCUACGGUACGAAUAUGGAGAGUUGCUUAUAAUUUGCCACAAAUGAAAGUAUAUAAAAAAUUGCCAAAAAAAGCUAAAAAGAAACAAACUGAAACAAAUAAAACUGUUGAUACUAUUGAAAAUAGUUUACUAGAAUUAACUAAUGCUACAUCAGAAUGUUAUAUUUCAGAGUCAAAGACAAUGAUGAUAACAGAAACAAAAAAUAAAAAAGGACGGCCAUAUUUUUCAAAAUGUCCUAAUACAGCAUCUCAAAAAACACUUUUAUUUCAUUCUCUUUUAAAUAUCGUAAAAAAUAUGAAAAGUGAAAAUUUUAAUAUGGAAGACGUUCAGAAAGAUGCUUCGUAUCAUAUAGUACCAAUAUUAUUUUCAUCGCAAGAAAAUUUUAUAUCUUAUUUAACUAGUGAAAAAUCUGCUCAUAUUGAGAGAAAUAACUAUGAUGUAAUCACAGAAAUGGAUGUAUGGUAUGAUAAUCUCAAACAAAAUUUGGAAGAAGCUGCUAAAGAGAAACGUCUCAAUGACUUUCUUGUUUCACUUUCAGCUAGUCUGUCCAUCAAAAUAUGGAAAGAUAUGUGUGAACUAUAUGCAUAUCAAUUAGUAACUGAAGGCAAUCCUUGUAAAGCAGUAUCGUAUUUACUUUGUAUACAUAAAACCUACAAAGCUAUAGAAGUAUUUCAGGCUGCAAAUUUGUACAAAGAAGCAUAUGUUCUUGCAAGAUGUAGACUUGAAUCUGAUGAUCCAGUACUAACAGAAAUAUUAAAAGAAUGGGCAAAAUAUAGUGUAAAUUCAGGCAAUUUCGAGCAAGCAGCAUGCAUUCAUAUUAAAUUAGGAGAAUUUUCUGAUACAGUAAAAUACCUUGCACGCCGUAAAGAUGCAGCUACGUUAAUAACGGCAGCUGAAAUUGCUUUUCUAUGUAAUGAUGAAGUAUCAAGUAAAUCUUUAGCUGAGCAAGCAAUAAUUACAACUUUGACAAAUUCAGAGUAUGAUUUUGCACGAAAUAUAAUAGAAAAGUUUCCAUAUCUCAAGUAUCAAGAAAUAUAUUUGUUAACUUAUGAAGAACUUAAAAAAGUUAUUAACGGAAAUGUAACUCUUGAUUUGAUUCAAACAUGGAUAGACGGAAAAUCAAAUUAUGGUUUAUUACAAACUUUAGAGACAGUUUGCGGUGAUUGUAAUUCUUAUUAUACUGACUUGUGUCAAAAUAGUUUUUGCAAUAUUUCAGACAAGGAGAAAAUGUUAUGGUUAACAAUUGGUCAUGAGGUUGCAUUAGCAACAGCCUCUAUUGAAAAAGAACAGAAAUUAAAGCAUAUUGUUACUGCAUUACAUACAAUCACUCAAUUUGAACUACUACAUCAAAAAGAUUUAAAACAUCUACAGAGUUUUUUAAUUGAAAUUAUCAUAAAACUAGAUAUUAAAAGUCCAAUGGAUGAAACAAGUAUUUAUACAAAAACUGAUUAUUCUGUAUCAAUUAGUUUACGAGCUUAUUUAUGUUAUGCUCUUCUAAAUUGGUUUGUAUAUAAUAUAAACGAAGAAUCUAUUAAUAAUAAUAUACAAAAUUACAUCAAUUUGAUUGAACAUUUACUUGAAGACGCACUAAAUAAACAAGCAAUAAGUUACUGGACAGUAACAAAUGAAAUUAGCAAAUUGGAAAAUCAAUUAGCUUCUGCAAAAUGUAAAAUGCAAGAAGAAAUUAAAACUGAUCAAGAUAUAGAAUCUUUCAUGGAAAAACUAAAUACAUUAAAGAAACAGAAGAAUCAGAUCCUCAAUGAUUUAGUUUAUAUCCCAAAUCCUGUUAUGGUAUAUGGCAAAGCAAAUGAACUAUGCAGCAAAUUGUGUGAUGAAACUAUAAAAAAUAAGUGUUUAGAAAGUAUUUCCAAAAUGUGGUUAGAUGCUACUACAUAAAUAAACAUGUACUUGAUUUUUUUGA